AUGGCGCUGCAUGUGUCGCCGCAGGUGGUGUGCCCACCGAAAGCGGUCGACGGGUAUAUGAGUCCAGGUGAUCGUGUCCCUCCCAUGGCCUCUCCUUCGCAUCUGGUGGCUCUGUGUGACGACGGCACGCUGCAUGUAUUCGACAAAACGCAGUGGCGUGCGCCUGCUCGAACUAUUCGCUCGACAGAAUCGGAGGCCAUCACUUCUCUGGCCAAUCUAGAAGAGAUCAAUACAGCAUGGGUGGGUGCAUCUCGAAGUGGCUUUUUGGCUCUCUGGGAUGCACGCACGGCUAGCCAUGCGCCAGCAUCCAAGCUUGUUGGACCGAGUGGUGCAGCAUACUUGUCGCUGGCGACGUCCGGCAUGUAUAUGGCCGCGGGUACGGAACUUCAAGGGAGUGAUGCAUGGAUUGACGUUUGGGACGCUAGGAAUACGUCUUGUCCUGUUCGUAACUAUGGGGAAGCGCACUCUGACGACAUCACAUCACUAGUCUUCCACGGAGAUAUGGCGAAGCAUCCGGGAAUUCUUCUGAGUGGUGGCAUGGAUGGACUUGUGUGUGCCAUUGAUACCCAGUUGGACAAGGAAGAGGAUGCAGUAAUUUCUGUGGGAAACACCAACGCCAGUCUAGCCCGUGUUGGAUGGGCAUGCCAUCCUCUUUCUUACCGGUUUCAAGCGCCAGAGGAGCUUACCGACGUGGGUAUGGACGCAAACGAGCUAGAACUAUCCAAUGCCCCAAGUCGAACAGGUCUUGGUCCUGUUUAUGCCAUAAGCCACAUGCAAACCAUGAGUCUAUGGGACGCUGACAAGGUACGCGAUGUAGCAGAGCUGAUGCAUUAG